CUUGCCCGCCGGAUGUUCCAAAAUGGGGCUGGGGCUGCCCGGCGCCCUGCUGCUGUUCCUGGGGAGCUCUCUCAUCUACUCAAAUCACGAUGCGCUCUCAGAAAGGAGUAGGCGUGGCUUCUCGUGGGAACAGACCCGUCAUCCCCGGUGGCCUGAGGCUGUGAGUAGGAGGCCCAGGCCGCAGAAGGUGCAGCAGGGCCAGGAAGAGGGAGAGUUGGACACAGAGGGCAGUAUCUGUUCCUUCUUCUCUCUGGACCAUUGUGGAUCAGCACCACUUGCAGAUACAUUCAAGGGGUCUCGGGUUGUAGGGGGCACAGAAGCCCGAAUUGGUGCAUGGCCAUGGAUAGUUAGCUUGCAGAUUCAGUCUGGCAGAUUUCUUAUUCAUGUCUGUGCCGGAAGCUUAGUGAAACAUAGAUGGGUCCUCACAGCUGCCCACUGCACUAAGGACAAUAGAGAUCCUGUAAAGUGGAGAGCUGUGAUUGGAACUAAUAACAUAGAUGGGAAGCAGCCACAGACCAAGAAUAUCCAGGUUAAAGCGAUCAUUAUCCAUCCAGACUUCGACACGGAAUCUUAUGUAAAUGAUAUUGCGCUUUUUCAUUUAAAAAAAGCAGUGAGGUAUAAUGAUUAUAUUCAGCCUAUUUGUCUACCUUUUGGUGUUUUCAAAAAACUGAACCGAAACACCAAGUGUUUUAUAAGUGGCUGGGGAAGAACAAAAGAAGAAGGUAAUAUUACAAAGGUCUUACAUGAAGCAGAAGUGCAUUAUAUUUCUCGAGAUUUUUGUAAUUCUGAGAAGAGUUAUGGGGAUAUAAUUCCGGACACUUCGUUUUGUGCAGGUGAUGAAGAUGGAGUUUUUGACACCUGCAGGGGUGAUAGUGGUGGACCACUAAUGUGCUACUUACCAGAACGCAGACGAUAUUAUGCAAUGGGAAUUACCAGUUACGGAUAUGGCUGUGGUCGAAAAAAUUUUCCUGGUGUCUAUAGUGGGCCAUCCUUCUACCAAGAGUGGCUGACCAAUUACCUCUACCAGGCAAGCAAUAAAGGCAUCUUCAACAUAAAUAUUCUACUUGGACAGGUCCUUGUAGCUUUAGGUUCUGUUGUCUUACUAGCAACUCCGUAA